AUGACUAAAGGCUUGGCUAGGGCAAGGGAAGAAGAGUUAGAAAAGCAAGGGAGGAGAGUUGGUAGGGGAGAAGUAUGGAUCCUAAAGCACAAGAGACCUGAUGGAAGCUAUAUACAUGAAGAAGCUCGGAGAAUUGGUAAAAAAAUAUCUGAGAUUGAGCAGCUUGAUGAAUCUACAAGAAUAUUGUUAGAAAAUGAUUCUCUUGUCCAAGCUCUCGGUAAAGAGCACUCGGGUAGAGUGCGUGGGAUAGGACACGGGCCGACACCAAGUCAACUCUUCCGUCUGAGCUCGCAGCCGCCGGUGGAUAGAGCUCAAGUAGAAGAGGCCCAAAGGAUGCUGACUGAACUACAGGCGGAGGUGACAACUGAAAAAUUGAAGCCGAAAGCAAUGGAGGAUGAAUUAGCAGCAGAGAAAACGAAUAGACAGGCAAUAGAGAGUGUGCUGAGUUAUCUGGUCCAACAGCAAUGUGGGGAGCUGCCUCCGAACAUCGCUGCACAGAUGAAUUCUCUGGACGGACAUGGCGGAAAAUAGAAAUUAGAUUUUAUGUGAUACUUUGUUUUUUGCUAUAUGUUUAGUUUAUGUUAAGUAUGCAGCAUUAAUUAUUAGCCAGGUACUUUACCUUUUUGGAUGACUAUUGAAAUACUUUAUUGACAUUAUUAAAAUAGAUAUGUUAGUUUGCUUCGCAGUUAAAUAUUCAUGAGC